GUUGACGCCAGCUCGGCCCUGGCACAGGACAGAGAGGGCAAGGGAGGAUAAAGCAGCGGGGAGAGAAAGAGAGGGGAAAAGAGGACUAAAUUGAUUGUGCUGAACUGAUGCUGCGCUGAUGGGUGGGCGUGCCCUUAGCCGAAGUUCACCACGGGAAACUCAAUACCUCGGGAUAUACACAACAGACCUUGGCUUCUCAGCCCCACCUCCAGGGCUUUUAUAAACCUCAGCCCAUCCCUAUUUCUGCAAGAGGCAAAGCGGAGACUUUAGAUCCACUGUUAGUUCAAGAGCAAGCUUCCCCAUCCCAGCCUUCUUCAUGGCUGCUGAGCCACUCACAGAGCUGGAGACAGCUAUCGAGACAGUGGUGAAAACCUUCUUCACCUUUGCUGUUCGAGAGGGAAAGAAAGGCAGCCUCAGUGUCAAUGAAUUUAAGGAUCUGGCCACUCAGCAGCUGCCUCACCUCCUCAAGGAUGUCGGCUCCCUGGAUGAGAAGAUGAAGAGUUUGGAUGUGAAUCAGGAUUCUGAGCUCAAGUUCCAUGAAUACUGGAGGCUUAUUGGGGAACUGGCUAAGGAGAUGAAGAAAGAAAAAGCUGCAGAAAUCCGGAAAAAGUGAAGCUGAUGUAGGGAGAUUUGGGUGGAGAGUAGGGAAAGGCAGCAUGGCUGUCCCUGCUGUUCCCCUAAUAAAGUUGUCUUGAAAUACAA